ACCGCCGCCCGCUAGUGAGUCUGGCUGGAUCCCGGGCCGGGCAGAGGGGAGCUUGCUUGGAGGGGACGCGGGCGCGAGCACGCACCUCGCGCGCUCCUCGGCGCUCUCCUGCUCUGCUCCGGGUUUGUGCGGUGGGCAGAGCGCCUCACGGCUGGAAGGAGGGAAAGCGCGGCCGUGGGCUUCGUUUCCUUGCUUUCCACCUUUGCAGAGAGUUUCCGUACCUUCGGGCGGACCCGGAGAACGCGCGCUGUGCGCUGGACCGGACAUACACUGCCAGUCUGGGUUCUGCUGGCUCCCCAAGCGCCCAGCGAUGGCCUCCAAGCUUUCCUCCUCCGCAACUCUGGCCGCGUCUCUGUGGAGUGAGAGCUUCUCAGGCCGGCCCACUGACCACAAAAACCCCAAAGUACCUCCGCCCCCUUUUUCCAGUCCUAAGACAGCAAAUUGAAGUGCUUGCCAUGUUGGUAGAGUUGCUGCAUGGGCAGUCCCAGUUACUUUUGCUCCUGUUGGCUGCUCUUCCUUGCCCAGGAGACCAUUUCUACUACAGACCUAGAAAGAAAAUUAUUGACUAAUGUUCUCUUUCUGAGUUUCACAGACAGCAGACAGCAAAAAAAGUUCAACCCACCACAGGUUGCAUGGCCUGAGGAUGUUGCACUUAACUGCCCCAUCUCACUUUCUGGUUUCAGGUUUCUCAUCGGAAGAAUUCAACCGGAAAACCAAGACUGGCAGACUGUCUUUCUUCAGACUAUAGGCUGGAGCCAGGCAGAGUCCAGGACUUCUUGGAACUUCUGUCUUUCCUUUGGAGGACACUUAGUUCUAUUUGAAGGCAAAGGCAGUUCAAUAUGGCAGCAGGACUGAAGGGGCACAAAAGAGGAGUCGUUACAGUGAUUUGGUGACAGUGCUUCAAACAACAGUGUCUUAAAGAAAGGUGGAUCAAGAACCUCCAGAACUUUUGGGUUGCAUUAAGUGAGAAGUCAGCAUGGCUCAGGCAAGUCUCCUGGCUUGUGAAGGCCUGGCAGGUGUGAGUUUGGUUCCCACUGCAGCCAGCAAGAAGAUGAUGCUGAGCCAGAUUGCCAGCAAGCAGGCUGAGAAUGGCGAGCGGGCAGGUAGCCCUGAUGUGCUGAGGUGCUCAAGUCAGGGCCACCGAAAAGACAGUGAUAAGUCCCGGAGCCGCAAAGAUGAUGACAGCUUGGCUGAGGCCUCUCAUUCAAAAAAGACUGUUAAAAAGGUGGUGGUAGUGGAACAAAAUGGUUCUUUUCAAGUAAAGAUUCCCAAAAAUUUUAUUUGUGAACACUGCUUUGGAGCCUUUAGGAGCAGUUACCACCUCAAGAGGCACAUCCUUAUUCAUACGGGGGAGAAGCCAUUCGAAUGUGAUAUAUGUGAUAUGCGUUUCAUCCAGAAGUACCACCUGGAGCGCCAUAAGCGUGUGCACAGUGGCGAAAAGCCUUACCAGUGUGAACGGUGUCAUCAGGUAAGGCUCACGUGUCGUCUGGUCAUCUAUUUCCCCCCACACACACACACAGACUUUUCCUCAGCAAAGGCCAGCCGCCAACUUCCUGCUUAACACAGAAGACCACCUUACAUUCCUGGCCAUGACAGAGUCAGCACCUGAGGAGGUCCUUAUGCAGCUGAUCAUGGGGGUGAGGAAUCAUCGGAGUAAUUGCAGUAAUGUAAUGUCGCAGCAUUUCUUGAGCGCUGACUAUGUGCCAGCCACUGUCUUGAACAUACUCUGCCUAGAUUAUUUCAUUUAAUCCUUACAAUUCCAUAAGGGAGCUGUUGUUAUCCUCAUUUCACAGAUAGGGAAAUUGAGAGAGAGAUUAAAUUUUCCAAGGACACAGCGAAUAAAGGUCAAAGCUGGGAUUCAGUCCAACUUCAGGGCUUGAGCACUGUGGAGGAAGAGAUACCAAUCUCUGCCCUAAGGGGUAUAUCUGAAACAAGUGUGAGAGCCAGGACCAGCAAGAGGAGCAGGAGAUGAGAAAUGAUAACAGCUAACAGUUGCUAGAUGCUGUGCUAGGUCUCAAGCACUGCUCCACACUCUGACAUUGAAUCUUCAGAACACUAGAAUGAAAAGCUCCAUGAGAGCACAUUUUGUCCCUCAGGUUCUCCACUAUAUCCUCAGUACCAAGAACUAUUAUCUACCACAAGAUAGAUUCCUAAUAAACACUUGAUGAAUAAAGGAGCCAUGCCAUGAGUAUUUUAGCCCCACUUUACAGACUGGUGUAGAGAUUAGAGGCUGUUAGAUAACUCGUCCGAGGUCCCACAGCUAAUAACUGAUGGAGCCAGGAUUCCAACUCUGGUUCCAGAACUUGUAUUCUUAACGACUGUGCACUUGUGCAGUCUGUGUACAUGCUGAGGGGUCAUAAAGUUUGACAUGUCUCUCCUGGUGGGGAACACAGAUCUGACCAACAGAUGGCUGGCUGAGUUUCUCAUCUUAGGCACUUAACCUUCCCUUUUUUCUCAGUGUUUUUCUCGGACAGAUCGAUUACUCAGACACAAACGGAUGUGCCAAGGGUGCCAGUCCAAGACUUCCGAUGGGCAGUUUCCUCUAUAGGCGCAGGGGGCCCCAGGUGGUGGGAGUAAUCAGAAGAGUCUACUGAAGAGUGUAUCUACUCUGGUCUGAUGGUCCCACCACCACCCCGUCUGCCCCUGCCACCUUCCUGGAAGAGUGGACCCAAGAAGACCAGAAGAGUGCAUCAGGGGACAGUGGCUCCAGAGCCUCAGCUCUGUAAAUAAUCUGAGACUAUGAGUAUCUUGGGGAAGUUCCUACAGCAUUCCUGGGUGGGGAGCUAGUCCCCAGGCCCUUGACUGAGGUCAUAGGAGAGGCACUCAAGGUACAGGACCAAGACUGAAGUAUGGCUCCCACAACCGUGGACUCCAGCUGGCAGCUGAAAUGGACAAGAUUGGGGAAAGGGGUGUUUUGUUUGUUUUUUUCUUGUUUUUGUUUAUCCAAAAGCAAUUUCAGCAGGUAAACUGUGGAUACAGAUAAUCUGGAGGAAUAGAGUCCUGGUCCAAAGCAGGGACUAUGGCUGGUCCAGCCCUCCCCCAAAAUUGAGUUUUUAGUUACAGUUGAUCCUCACUUGUUCCCACAACCCUGCACCUUACCUCCUAUUUGAGGGACAAUAGGAUCAGGAAUGGCAGCUGAGCUUACUUGGGCCUUCUUAUACACUGUGGGGACAAAAGGAAAAAUAGUGGGAAGGCAAACCAGGACUGGAUCUAAGAAGAGUAGACAGGUACCUCUUAAUUCCUCAGGAGAAGAGCAAGAGUUGUGCCUAUGGGGGUUGUAAUGGUCUCUGUCACACAGGUACUUGAUGGGGUCAGAUCAAGUGCCUUUUGGAGGAAACUUGGUGCAUGGGGGCAACCAUGAAGCCCUUUCCUUCUCUGCAGGCUAUUGAUCUUGGAGAUAGCUUGUGGCUACCUCUCUGCCAUUGACUCCUAAAGCCAGGCAGAGGUACUGAGCAGGGAGUCAUGGGUGUCAAGUAGGUUCUCUCUCCUGCUCGGGGCUAGUCCCAGUAGGUCAACAACUGUUCAGGAAACAAAGGAAUUGGAUGUUCCUUGGCAUGACUAUUGAGCAGUAGGAACUGUUCUCCUUGCCUAAGUCCUAUCACUGUAUUCCAGUAGAGGAGGUAGGGGUCUGACCUUUGGUCCCAAAGAACAAGAUCUUGGCUUCCUUCUUGAUGGCCAUCCCAACCCAACAAAGAAUGGUUUGAAGGGUAGGGUGGGGUGUGCUGUGAAGAAAGGACUGAGGAAAAAACCUAUUGUAAGUUUUAUUCUUAACCAAUAUUCUUUGCUCCUCUCUGCUCCAACACCACCACCCUAUUCACCCUCAAAAAAAGUGAUGAGGGGUGUGUGUGUGUGUGUGUGCAUGUGUGUGAGUAUGAGUGUUGGUGUGCUUGGAGGAGAUGGCAUAUUAUUGAGCCAAACCCUUCUCUAGUCUUCAGCUUAUGGGCGGAUGAGUAUAAAACAGACUCCUACCCCCACAACCCUGAAGGGUGCUUGAAGUCCCAGCAGGAGCUGAGGAACUCACUUUAGGGGAAAGGAGGGCUUUGUUUAGGAGGAGUUUUUUUAGAUUGAUUCAACGGGCUGAUGGUUAGGGAGUUUCUAACCCAAGCCGGGGUUGGGUUAGAAAAAAAGAUGAAUUUUCUAAAGUGAAAUAAAAACGCUCCUUCCUACCAAGGAAAGGAUUCUUAUGGGAGGUUCUGAGGGUUGGUUAACCCCCACUGUGGCCUGUCCCACCCUUUGGGGGGUGAUGGGAACUGUCUUAAUAGUAAUCAUGGAAACUGGGUGAACCUGACCGCCAGGUUGUAGUGGGUUUCACCAGGAAGUAUGAUUUCAUCUCCCAGGAAAUAUAAGGAAUAGAUAGCAGCAGCAGCAAACUCCUGGCUAUUCCUGUUCAUAAGGGAAUAAGGAGAGUCCACCUUACCUCCAAGGUAUGAGUAUUUCAAGGAAAAAGAAAGGAAGCAUAGGACCCUUUAGGAUUUCCCCGGUAGCAUCUGAGAUACUUUGGAGGAGACACUGAGGCAUGUGUUGUCUGCCUUGUAUUCUAGCUGGCACUCCCACUUGAUGUGGCCAAGAACCUAGACCUCAGUCCUUGGAUCUACCCUGUGGUCCCUACAAGCAGGGGUAUCUGCAUGUGAGCCAGCCCCCUUCCUGUUAGAGGGCUCUGCCAGGGCUGGGAUUGUUCUGUCAUUUCACCAGAAGCUCUUUUGAAAAGUGAGUCCUGUCUCCCUGCCACUUGCAACUAAUCUGCUUGGGAUCUGGUGGUGUGGGUGUGUGUGGGUGAAGGAAAUCACAUAAAUGAUCUAUGACCCUACCAGUGUGAAUGUGUUCUAGGUCAGAAUGUGCCAUGACCCUCCAUACAGUCCGCAGCUGCUUGUCUGGGUGGGUGGGAGCAAGAGAACUGAGUGUAUGUGCAAAGGGCUAUGCCUGCCAAGGACUGGAUGUGGGGAAACUCCGGAGCAUAUGGUUUGUUCACUUGUCCAGGUGCUGAUGUUCUGGGGCUGUGGGUGUGUGAGGAGUGAUAGAGGGCCCAGGAGCCCCACCUAUACCCCAGGGAAACCCCAGUCUUCAGACUGUUGGAAAAGGUCCUGGGUCUAAAGCCCCACCCGUCCUUUGCUAGGGUGGGGCCUAGCACUGGAAAAAUGCCUCAGGUGUGUUUGGAGUGAAGGGAAGGGGAGAUGGGGCAGGCUCUCCAGGACAUGGGAUUUGGGGAUCUGGGAAAAAGUAGCUCCAGUUCCUGGGUAGGCUGCUGCAUCAGGCCCUACCAGCCCUGCCCUUUCCAGCACCCCAAGUCUUUUCCAUCCACCUCCCACCCAGCAGCCUCCUGUCAUCACUUAGCUACUGAUUUUGCCCCAUGGCUUGACAUUGGAGGGUUACAUGAGGAGUGGAGCCCAGCCACAACUUAAACCCUCUCCCACAAGAUGCUGUUUGCCUCUGCUGUGGCCUUGGGGCUUUUAUCUUCAACAGUUCCCCUCCUACCCCUCCUCUCCACCCUCUUUUUUUUUUUUUUUAAUAUACUUAUUUUGCUAUUGGGGGAGGGAAAUAACAAAUGAACAAGAUCACUUUUAAAUGGUAGUUUUUAUAAGAUGUUAUAAACUUGUAUCUUUUUACCAUUAAAGUGCAGUGUAUGUUCCUUCGUGAUAUAUUUAGGAUAUUUAAAUAAACAGAAAAGGGUUUUUCUACAUACCACCUCCUCUUAAGAAUAUCCUU